GAGAGAGAGAGAGAGAGAGAGAGAGAGAGAGAGAGAGAGAGCAUCAGCAUCUAUGGACCAGUCUGCUGUAAUAGAAAGAAGAAGCUGUUAUUAUCACCAAACUGUGCGUCACAAUUAACGCCAUUAUGUUUGUCCUGAGAAAAGAGCGAUUUCGUAGACUACACCAUUCUUUUGACUAUUUGCGAAUUACAGUCAUGUUCUUUUUAUGAGCUAGCCUACCCAGACCGCUUAUGGAACACUGUUAACUGAGACUAGAAUAUCUGCAUUGCCUGCCACUGUCUGUGGAGCCCUACGAUCGAGCGCACCACCCAGUCGAGACAGCAACGCAUGAUCACAAAGAGAUGUCAGGCAUUUUUGAAGAAACAUUUAAUGUUUUCUGUACCAUCAUCAGCUUUGCAAAAUACCAGACGGUAGAAGAUUUUUAUUUUACAAUUAAUAAUCAAAUCACGGUCCGUCCGGAGUCGUAGCCUAUUUCCAUGCUUUCUAUUUAUAAGGAGGCAAUGCUUCUCGACCAAGACCAAUGAGAUUUGUGCUGUGGCCGCAGCGAAGUAGAUUUUUAAAAAUACCGUAAAUACAUCUGGACAAUUGUCUUCUCGAAUGCUUUCACGGUAAACUUGUGUGAUUGAUUCUGAAUGGUGCGGCGAGAGAAGGCUAAUUCUGGGGUUUUUGGCACCAGCGGAUGCUGCGCCGAAGAAUGGGAUACGCCGACCCUACGUCGGGUAGAGAUUUACUCGGCAAUAGGUCGCUUUGUUUUAUAUUCAUUUGCGCAUUUGGACUGGUUACACUUUUACAGCAGAUUCUCUAUGGAAAAAACUACAUUAAAAGGGAGGAGAUGGAAUCUGCCCCAUCCAGUAGGGUUCAGCGUCGUGGCCUGGGAGGGUACAGGUGCUAUGCACCUCUCAACGGUGGCCUAUAUGCUGCUGUUGUCUGUAAACCUGCGCAACAGUUUAGCCGACUCAAAGGAGACGAGACAGGAAAUUGGACCGGUCCUGUAAAUUUCUUGGAUGAUGGAUCUCUGAAGCCUGCCAGGAAUGGGAAGAAAAGAUGUUUCCGUCAGAAUUUUCAGCCAGAUUCACAGAUCUCCGUAAUAGUCACACCCUGCCUAGCCGAUAUUAAGAAGAAAAAAAAACGCUCGCAAAGGUAUCUGGACUCAUACGAUGGAUCCUAUGACUACAACUCCACUGCAUGCAAAGAGCUCAGGCAGGAGAUUAUGGAUGUCAAAGUCCUGACCAUGGUGAAGACGUCGGAGCUGUUUGAGAGAUGGAGGAACCUGCAGGUGUGCAAGUGGCAGCAGAACAUGGUGGAGACCAACAACUUCAAGAUGUCUCUGUCGCGGUGUUGUAACGCACCCUCCUUCCUGUUCACGACCAAGAGGAACACUCCAGCAGGCACCAAGCUGAGGUAUGAGGUGGACACCAGUGGCAUCCUGCCCAUCAGUACUGAGGUCUUCAAGAUGUUUCCUGACGACAUGCCGUACUCCAAGUCUCAGUUUAAGAAAUGUGCAGUUGUCGGAAACGGAGGAAUCAUCAAGAACAGCAAAUGUGGGAAGGAUAUUGACUCCGCAGAUUUCGUGUUUAGAUGCAACAUUCCACCCAUCAACGAGAAGUACUCGGCUGAUGUAGGCGCCAAAACGGAUCUGGUGACGAUUAAUCCAAGUAUUAUAACGGAGAGAUUCCAGAAGCUAGAGAAGUGGCGGCGACCAUUUUACGAGGUUCUUCAGAACUACGAGAACUCGUCAGUGGUCCUACCCGCCUUCUACAACACGCGUAACACUGACGUCUCCUUCCGGGUCAAGUACAUGCUGGACGACUUUGACUCCCAGAGGGGUGUGUUCUUCUUCCACCCCCAGUACCUGCUCAACGUCCAGCGCUUCUGGACUGUCCAGGGUGUCCGCGCCAAACGCCUCAGCAGCGGCCUGAUGCUAGUCACCGCCGCCAUGGAACUGUGCGAGGAGGUCCACCUCUAUGGCUUCUGGGCGUUUCCCAUGAACCCCUCGGGCAUUUUCAUCACGCACCAUUACUAUGACAACGUCAAGCCCCGCCCCGGGUUCCACGCCAUGCCCCACGAGAUCUUUAACUUCAUGCACAUGCACACGCGAGGUAUCCUCAAUGUACACUCAGGACCUUGCACAUGAUCGUGCACCGGAGCCACGCCCACACUGUAAUGCAUCGUGGGAAGUCACCAUUUACUCCUGUUUUUGUCUCGGUUCUUAAUUUAUCAUCAUUUUGCAUAUCUUAAUUUAGAUACAAUGGUUUUCUUACAGUUGACGAGAGAUGGCCUUUUGAGCUCACACCGUAUAUUUGUGCUUUUUACACUAGCUCCAUGUGUUGAAGGCUGCUUGCUUUUAUGCCAACACUAUAAUUUAUCUUGAUGUGUUUCUUACUCUCUUGCUGAAUAAGCAACUCCAAUGGCCGCUGGUAUCUCUGAUUCUGUAGGUUGCUUGUUCUAAUGUGAAGUGAUCUUUCCUAGUGAUGUCGUUUCUGUGAAAUCUUAGUGGCUCGGUGGUACUGCUGUACAGAGGUUUGAACUUGACGUGUUGCACAACUAUUUACACUGAAAUAAGGCCACUCUGUGUGUCCCUCUCUUCCUCCUGUACUUUCUCUUUGCCGCUUCCUGUGUUAUGACCCCCCCCCGUGCUCUCUUUCUCAGACACUCUGUAGGUGUGGCAGCUUUUAUUUAUGUCCGUGUAAAAAUCCUGAACACUAUUGACGUUGAGCGAAUCCAAAAGAAAAUGUUCAAAGAUCCAACUGUUUAACCUUCAGUUGUCCAGCUACAUUCAACUGUUUUAUAUGGGUAAAUAUUUCUUAUAAAACACUGUUAACACUCCUGACCUGAGAGGACCUUUUUCACAGGUCCACUUCCUUCUGUACAACUAACUAGCCAAACACCGGAAGACAUCCUUGGAUAGUUCUGAUGUGAAAUGGUUGUGUUUUAUUUGCUUGCUGUUUUUGGACAAAAAGGUGAGAUGAUUCAUAUUUUAUAAUUACCACCACCAUAGUAGGCCACAUAGUCAGAAAAACACUAGUUAUUGGGCACUGUUGACCAAUCUGAUUUCCCUCUGUCAUCCAUGUCUUAAAACCAUGCUGCCUUACGAUAUAAAUGUACAAAUCCUCUCUCAGAUAUGCCGUUCACCCCUGAAUUGUGUAUCUAAUGGACGUUCGUAUCAAACAAACUCCUGUUCCCACUGUCUGCUGACUCACCUUAAUAACCAUGACGAGAAGAGGUUCACUUCUGCUGUUGAAAUGACGAAAUAUAAUAUAAUUCCUGUACGCUAUAAUGCUCUUUGUAUACUCAUGUGAUGCCGUGCAUGAUUCUACUAUAAUCUCUGUUCUGUGUGUGCCCGCCACCAACCCAUGUUUACAACCAUCAGCUUCUGCUAAAGCUCACGGAUCAUUGGGAGAGAUGAGUUUAAUUCGAAUGAUAUGACAUUUAUCAUCAAUUGCACACAAGGCCCAACCGAAACUCGACUUUCGCAUUUUAACCCAACCCUUCUGAAUCGGAGAGGUGCAGGGGGCGGCCACAUUGGGCACCCAGGGAGCUGUUGUUGUGGGGGGUUAACUGCCUUGCUCAAGAGCAGAACAACCUUUUGGUUACUGGCCCAAUUCUUUUACCGCUAGGCUACCUGAAACCUUAUAUCAACCUUGAAUGGGUUUUAAAAGAGGACUGAUCGACAGAGGCCCUUUUUUUUUUUACAGAUGAUGCAAAGGAAUUACUAAUAUCGCUCCCUUUUGAAAUGAUCUGAUUUUUGUCAUCAGUAUUAUCACCGCAUCGUGUCAUUUCCCUUUUUGCAAUGUGACAAAGUUGUAACCUUGGAAAGCACCGUGAAUCUCACCCCUUGGAAUGCUGUAUGUUUGUUUCUAGUAGUAUUUGUGGUGUUUAACUGUGCCAGAGUGGAGGAACAUGACUGAACUGGAAACAUAGGAUCAUUCUUCUGUACAUGCUGUGCAAUGCCUUUUGAUUUUCGUAACGCCCCAAAUUCCCAUGAUCUUCCAUGAUCACUUCUAAAGUCUGUGGAAGAUUGUUUCUUGGAUUUGUAAUUCACAGUCACACGGGUUGUGUGUAAAAGACACAAUGCACAAAAUAAGUUAUCCGUAUGAGCACAUUCAAGUUUUGAGUCUCAGAAUCACAAAAGAUCAUCAUUUUAUAGAGUCAAAAAUAACUAGGUCGAAGAAUCAGUCCGAAAAUGAAAGGAUGGCAUUAUUAGAGCUUGGAUGGAAUUAUUACAGUUUGAACAGGGAUAUGAAACCUACAUUCUGGGUCAUUCUUUAUAUUGUGUUUGUAAAUAAACAUGUUUGGAUUUUC